UGGCUAUAAAUGAAACAUCCUACUCCAAACGAUUACACCAUCCCCACAACAUUGCACAAACAAUGGCCAACAACAUCCCACCUCAAGAUUCAUUCUUAUACAAAGGGAGAUGGACAGCCGAGGUCGACUCAGUCAUGCUCUCGGUCAUCAUACGAGAGAAGAGAGCGAACAAUUGGAGUGGUACCGUCAUACCCAUUCCUGUAUUAGAGGAAGCUGUAGCAACUAUCAGCUUGGAGACUGGGGUAUCAUUCACAUGGCGUGAGCUCUAUGAACGAUUCCAGUUUAUGGAGAAACGGUAUCAUGCAUUCAAUCUUGUUACAAGGACUCGGGGUGUAUCAUGGUACGUUCACUCCAACACCAUCAUAGGCCCAGAACCAACGUGGAAAGCACUCUUCCAGAAAAAUCAAUUGGCUGCGGCAUACUUCUACUAUGGUGAUCCCGAGUGGUCUAGACUCACCAUGCUCUUCGGCAAAACAAAACCGAAGACGGAGCCAAACUCCAAUGUCAUUGAAAUUUCUGAUACCACCGUGCCUGUACCUGAGGAAGAUGCAAACCCAUCGCCUCAUAUGGUUCCAUUCGACCCAUUUACGGAGGUUAGCGAGUCCGUAUCGUCUCCCUUGGUUGCAAAUGUGAAUAGCACUAGAAGGAAACUAUUCUCCGAAGAUUAUCAUAACUUGGACAUUGAGGAGUCCAUUGAGACUUGCCCCAUCUUCAGGCAUCCGGGGACUAGUGGGGCAGCAAACCACAAACCUGCUACUCGUCCAUCUGCACGUGUGAAGAAAUUCAAUCCAGCCGAAUCACCGCAUGGGAGCUCGUGCGGCUCGACGAGCCCAGCCAACUGGUGGAGGAAUAAUAUGAAGUGACUGUGUUUGGUAGGAUGCGUAAUGUUGCCUACAUAUGAGGUGGGAGAUGGUAUCAUUGUUCUAGUUUCGUAGUAUUUAUUGCUGUGUGUUGUGGUUUGCUUUAUCAACAUCGUUAGGAGCGUAGUACCUGGACUAUGUAUGGUUGUCUCUGUGAUGGACUUUCCUUCAAUGUAAGUUGUAGUAAGGUUGUGUACUAUCAUGUGAAAAUGAACUUAAGUAAGCUUCAUUGCUUACUUAAGUAAGGUGUGUACUAUCAUGUGAAAAUGAACUUAAGUAAGCUUCAUUUUAUCCUCAUUAAA